CCUCUACUGGUUACAGGUUACAGUGCGCAUGCGUAUCACCAAAGGUCCCUGUUCCCGCGAUCCUGAAACCAGCUGUGAGCGCGCAACACAACAUGAGGAAGUCAUAGGCCGUCGAUAUAAGCCAGAAGUCAAUGCUCGCUUGUAUGUUUAACUCGUUUAAUGUACGAGUGUAUGCUUUGUUGGGAGGGUAGCUAUUACUAAACAUGGAUAAGGAUGACGAUGAGAGAGAGUUCCCAGACCAUCACGUUUUCUCAAGGGUUUUGGGUAUGUUUGAUGGAAACCCAGGUUUUCAACGAAUAUUAAGACUUGGUCUUCAAGCUGAGCUAGAUGGGGCAAAUGAGGAGAUUUACCAAAUACGCGACUGUUCAAAGUUACCAAUUGAGCCAACUGAGUACCUAAAGGCGUCCAACUGGACCAGUGAUGGUAGAUUUCUAGGGAACUACACAAGGCCAGCCAACUCUGUUCCAGUAACUAACCUCAAUGCAUUCGCAAGCCUUCACGUCACAGCAUCGGAAAACAAGCAGGCCAAGGAGACGGAUUCCGAAAAAAGGGGCGGAGUAUUACAAGAAACCAAAAAAUACAAAGGAAAGGCGGAGAGGAAGCGGCUGAAAAAGCAGAGACAGAAGGAGAAAAAACGCCUCGAUGAGCUGGAGAAGGAAAAACAGACCUCUGGAAAAAAUGAAGAUGGAGAAGAUCAUACCAAGGAAUGUAAAACAGAGAAGGGUAAAGCAGAUAACAACGUGUUUAAAAACAAAGAUUUGGCCAUUUACAAACAAUGGGCGUGUGGCAAAGAUACAGACAGCAGUGACUGUAGUGACGAGGAUGACUCCUGUGAGGAAGAAGGGGGCACUGAGGAUGACUCUGGUGACUUUGAGGAGCUGGAUAUGACGAGUACAUUUGUGAGCAAAGCUGCCGAUAUAGCCAGACGUAAACUGGAGCAGAAGCCCAAACCUGAGAAGAAGAGAAGCCCGGUUAAAGAAGAAGCUAAAACCAGCCCGGACAAAGCGUGUGACAAAGCAGUGACCGAAAAGAAGGACCCUGUCACUGCUAGCAGCCUUACUGUUGAAGAUAAUGUUAGAAGAAGUACCGAGCUUGCAAAUGCAGGGAAUAGGUCUGCUAGCAGUGGAGACUUUAAAACAGCCGUGAAGUAUUUCACCGAUGCGAUUAAAUUCAACCCGACAGAGUUUAAGCUGUUUGGCAAUCGUUCCUUCUGUUUCGAGAAGAUGCAGGAGUAUGAGAAGGCGCUGGCUGAUGCAGAGUUGUCUCUCAGCAUGCGUCCAGGCUGGGUUAAAGGUCUGUUUAGGAAGGGCAGAGCUCUGGCAGGUCUAAAGAGGUACAACGAGGCGUCUCAGGCUUUCAGGGAGGUUCUGAAACUGGACGGCUCGUAUGCUGAAGCUGCUCAGGAGCUAAUGCGGGUGCAGAUGACACAACUGAUGGGGUACGGUUUCACUCGGGAGCAGAGCUCAAAUGCUUUAAUUAUUCACGGGACGGUAGAAAAAGCACUAGAGGUUCUGUCCAAAUUAAACAAAGCACCAGGACCCAUUCAGAAUGGCGCCCUCCCACCAGCUCGAGUAGUGAACGUCAGCGGAGUCUCCCCAGUACUUUCAGCCACAAACCCUGCACCUCCUCCUCUUCCCCUUCAGUCCCAGAUUGUACCAAAAACCCCACUUAAAGACAUACCAGUCCAGAAUAUGUCAUUUGUCCAGAGUCGACCAAAUCCAGUUCUUAAUCAGGCUGCAAGGACCAACAUUAAAGACCAAAACCAACCACAGGAGCUGUUUCCCGUCUGGGUGGGAAACCUGUUUAACCCAGUCUCUGAGUCCGACAUAUCCCGCCUGUUUAACAAGGUCGGGGUCGUCCAUAGUGUGAAGCUUCUCUCCUUCAAGCGAUGUGCCUUCGUGAACUAUACAAAGCAAGAGUAUUGUGAUGAAGCGAUCCAUCGUUUUCACGGCUUUGAUCUUAAUGGUGCCAAGAUUGCAGUGAGAUACCCGGACAGGAUUCCUCAAGGUAUGGGCAUUUCCAGAUCUGCUCUCCGAGCUGACGACCUGCAGGAUGAGGAAAUGAGGUAUGAGUACGGCUUUGGGAGGAACGCAAGUGGAGGCAGAACGCUCUACGGUCCGUACAGACACGUCUCCAGCGACUACAAAGGAAACUACAAAUACUGAGACGAAACUUCUUCAGAAUAAAAGCAUAUCACUUCCACCUGCCCUGAAGAGGUUUUUAAUCCGCGAUACAUGCAGGGCUUUAACGCUUUCUGUCCCUUACAAGUGUUUUUAGAGGACGAUGGAUGCAAAUGCUUUGGGACUUUUUCUGUUUUCUUUUUCAAGAAGGGAUGUCAGUAUUAGGGGAAGUUAUUCACAAUGAUUAAAAAGAAAUAUGUAUGAGAUGUUUUUUUAAAGAGCCUAAAAUUCAGAUUUUCACAUAGGCUGAAAUGAUUGUCAUUAAAGCUCAUUACUACCAAGUAGUGAGAGAGAGAGUGAAGGAUCAAGGUUCUUGUUGUUGCUUUUAUAAUGUAAGCUGAAAGGAAGAUAAUUUUAUAUAUUACAUAUUCCACUUAAGAAAGAACAAUCCAAGCAAAAGAGCGAUACAGUUUGAUGAGUUCAGGUAUAUUUUAGACUGCUCAACCUUGUAUAUGAAAGGAACUGCUCUCUGGUUUGUGGAUCAAAUUUGAAAAAUUGAUUUACAUGAAAAAAUUAAUUUCACUCAAUUACAAAAAUAAUUUCUAUAUGUUUAUGUUAAAAUAAGGUAUAAGAUCCUCACAUUAAAGGCCUGAUUAAUCUGUAUUUACUACAAUGUUUACUAUACUAAACUCAAUACGAGUUCCUCGCCUUAAACAGUACUUAUCAAUGAUACAGCAGUCCGUUGGAACAUACCAAAUCUGUGGUGGCUUAAGAGAGGAUGUGUCUUCUGUUUUUCACAUGGACCUGUUUAUUAUGGAGCUUUUCUUCUUCAACAAUUAAAGAUUCAGUCUAAGUA